CCCACUGCACUCCCCCCGCCCCCACCUUCAUCGCAGCUGCCUCCACAAACCUGGUGGCCCAGCCCCGCAGCUGCCACCCUCAGGGGAUCUGGGGCGUAGCCCGCCCACCUCAGGGUGAACACCAUGCUCUCCGUGGCUUAUGAGGAUUGGUCAGGAUUUGGUCCCAGCUGGUGUGACCACCUGUUGCUGUCCUUCACUAGUCCUGCCCCAGAAGCAGAGUGAGAAGAGAGCCUUAGCCCCCCAGGCUAGCACACAGGACCUGCACCCACUGCCCCCAGGAAAGGGUCUGUGUGAGAAGCGUGUGAUGCCCUCUGAGCAACAAAUUCUGGUUUUUGAGGAGCCUGGCCUCAACAUGGCAACAGGGGACCUUGAGGUGUUGGACAGGGGUCUGGGCUGCCCUGAUACCAUUGAGGAGCUGACCAUGUCAAUGGAGAGAUCCAGAAAACAAUCGCAAGAGGAGAAGGCAAAAGGUGGUGAGAAGGCAGAAGUAGAGAAGAGGAGAGCAGCCUGGGCCCAGGUACGUAACCCACAGAGAGGACCUGAGCAGGCCCUGGAUGGGAUCGGGGCAGGUGCCAGUGAGGCAAGGUCCCCCAAGGUGAAGGCAGAGAAGGAGCACGCGGCAGACAAGGGGGGUUCAGCAAAGGAGCGAGGGAAGACGGAGGCAGCUCCUAAGAGCGCCCCAGCAAGGAAGAAAACCAAGGCCCAUUCCCAGCCCCAGGUGAAGCCCCAACCCCGGACACUCGGGCCCAUGAGUGAUGAGCUGCCGUGGGGAGAGAUCACCCUCAACAAGUGCCUGGCGCUGGCCUCGGUUGUGGCGGUCCUUAGCAUGGCCUUCCAGGUAUUCCAGGAUGUCAUCGAUGGAGAGGAAGAGAGCCCUGAGGCUGCCCCUGCCCUGUGGUCCUGGCCAGGCAGCAGUGCCCCGAAGGACAGCGGGCCCAAACUGUCCAAGCCCAGAGACUGGGGGAAGGCACCAGCCCCACCUCCUGGGCCCAAGGCCAACGUGAAAGAGAGGCCCGAGCCUGCCUGGGUCAAGGAGGCCCCACCCAAAGAACAGGAACCCAAGGGGCAGGAGGCAGAGGGGAAGGUGAGCCCUGCCCCGGCCCCAGAAGCAGCCAUCCUGCCCGAGGACACCCCCUCCAGCUCCGAGGCGGCUGGGCCUGAGAAGCCAUCCUGGGCAGCACUGCCCAAGAAGGAGGAGAAGGCCAGGAACAAGAAGGGCUUCAGAGAGGAGAGGGCCGAGCCCCCAUGGCGGGAGAGGAAGGAGGGCGGCCACGGGCUGCGGCCUCGCCGAGAAGGGGCUGAGGAGGCUCCUCGCAGGCCCUGGGAGCGGGAGCGGGAGCACAAGCACCUGGGCAGGCGGGAGGACUCCAAGAAGGCCCGGGAAAGAGCCCAGAGCAAGAGGGAAGAGCAUCGAGGGCGUGAGGGGCGUGAGAAGCGCGAGGACAGGGACAGGUUCUUCCCCAAACAGAAGCACCGAGAAGGGAAGCGGAGGGACUGAGGAGGGCCCAGCAGGCCCAUCCCCAGCUCCCAGAGGGCACCACACCCCUGCGGCCUGGCAGCAGGCCCCCCGGCUCCCAUCUUUCCUGAUCUGUGCAGCCUGGCUACCCCACCCCUGGCCCCGGGACUUCUGCUCACAGCCUGGGCUCAAAUCUGGGUACAUAUAUUACCUGGUUCCUCUUUGUGUGACUUGGACCUCAGUGUCCCCUUGUAGAAAAUGAGGGACUGCUCUGACUGGUGGGGGCUGACCAGGAGUGUGGGGGGUGAGCGUGGCCUCUCUGCUGGGGCUCUAGAGCUACCCCCUACCUGGCUGGCCCCUGCCCAGCCCUGCCACCGUGGCAAGCCCGGAUCCUGCCCCCACCUCAGCCUCGGGAGGCGGCUUACCUGUUACACCUGAUCUGAUUAUUAAA